AUGGUUCUUAGUUCCGAGAGGCGGAACAAUCUGAAACAAGAACUGGAACAUUUGCAUCAACGACAAUUAAAAUCAGAAGCCAUUGUACGGGAUAAUGACAACAAACGUUGGCGCGCAUUGCAGAAAUUUUGCGAAGACAACCAUUUGUGCUCGGUACGGAAGAAAGAAAAACACAUGCUGAACACAGAACUGCGUCAAGCCAAACAGCUCUAUUCAGAAUUAAAUGCCAAAGUUGAAGACCUUCGCAAAUACGAACAAUACAUGUUAAGUGUCAUUGCAUCAUUACCUAAAGAUUAUAUCAAACUGGCCGAUAAUGUGCUCGCUGGUCUGAUGAUGCGUUACAACACUUUGUACGAGACCAAUAGCAGUCUGCGUCGGGAAAUGGAGGAAAAAUCGGAGGAGGUACGGAUUGCGCAGACCAAUUUGCGCAAUCUGAUCGAGGCACAUGGAAUUCUUUUGUUCGGCAAAAAUUCCGAGCUGUCGGAGUUGUAUACUCAACGCGAAAAGGCAAAUGAUCUGUUUCAGAGCGCCGAACAAGCCUUAGUGCAUACACAUGACGAAGUUUUACAUCAGAUGGACACCAUUUUCGCAUCGAAAUUCCACGCUGCAUUCUUGAGUCCUCCACGCGUUCUGAAUUCUGACUAA